GCGGUCUCGCGGCUCCUGCGUCAGAAGGGGCCUUGUUUUCGCACCUUCCCUGACGUCAAACCUCAAACGGGGCUGCAACGCGGCGUUGCCCCUGGAGGACUACGUGGGCUGAGUCGUGACUGGGGGCCCGGGUCCGCGAAGUGACGCUCUCACUUCGCUUCUCCUCUCGCACAGGCGGCAGAGGCUGGUGGCUCUCGCAUCGGGCUCCGCGGGCAGCAGUCAGCAGGCGCAGGCGGCCGCGGCGCUCUGGACGGCUCGGGGGUCUGGGCACCGCCAUGGAACCGGAAUAGGAAGGGAGCGAGCCCACCGGUCUUCGGCCUCUACCGAGGCCCGGAAGGAAUCAGGGCGGCCUCCACGGAGAUGUUUGCCAGGACUAAUAUAGCUGAUGAAGUACCUGCCCUUUUCUGCUAAGAGGCUGGUUUUAGUUGAUUCAUUUUCCUCCUAAGUGUGGGAAGUCAAAGAGUCAAAGUUUUUCAUAAUAAAAAGUAAUAGUUUGAGUAUUCAACGACAAUACCUUUUGACUUUGGUUAUUCAACAUGCAGAACAGACAAGGAUAUUGCAGCUAUUGCUGUGUGCGUUACAAUAAUCUGGAGCAGCAUAUGGCUAGUCCUCAGCACAGAUACCUGACUGCACAGAACAGACAACGGAUGGGCUCCAGUAGUUUGAUGGAACGUUUCUUGCAGGACGUACUGCGGCACCACCCGUAUCAUUAUCAAGAAAGCAGAUCAAGACAAAAUGAGAGACUUCUUAGGAAUAAUGCAUCAUCUUCUGAAGCGGCUCCUGUAGAUGAUUCUGUUUCUGAAGAAAUGGCUGAUGAUGCUACUGGAGCCAGAGGAGAGAUAGCUACCAAAAGUUUCGAACCUAUUGGAGAGUUGUAUUCUAGACCUAGUAAAUCUCAGGAAUGUACACAGGGUGUUUCAACUCGACCAUCAGUUAUUCAAAAAUUGGAGAAGGGGCAGCAGCAGCCCUUGGAGUUUGUUUAUAAAAUUGGGAGUGGCCUGAAAGAAUUAAGUCCAGUAGGUGUUGGUCAAACUACAAAUAAUGGACAAAACUUAAUACAUCCCUCAGUGAUUUCUACUGCUCCUGCUAGUCGUUUACCUGAAAGUUCUUAUGAUCGACCACGUACAACUAAUACUACUAGGUUACCACUAGCAGCCCAUUUGGAUUCAGUUAGCAGAUGUGACCCAAACAAAGUUGACAGGUCCAUUGACCAGCAAGACAGGGGCUCUAGAAAUCCCGUGCUCUCAGCCCGUCUAGAAACUUCUUCAGUUUUGUAUCAGAAACCUAAAGAAUCAAAUAGGAAAUCUGUAUGUAUAAAUUCAGAUAAAUUGAUUUUGCAGGGAGAUGUAAAAUCUCGGGGUAAAACUUUGUCAACUGGCUUUAAAUCUCAUGCUUUUAUGGGUACUGAGGGCUCCUUAAAAUGUGAAUCUUUUUCCAAAUUAGCAGCAAAGCCAGCAAUCAACCCGAAUAAAACUGAUAGGCCUCCUAAUAAAAGAAUCUUUGAAUAUGCCAUGCCAAAGCACCAUGAGAAAUUGUUUUCUAAUAUGAAUCGUACCCAAGAAGAAAAGCAUGUGGUUUUAAAUAAGUCAGUCUUUUUGAGACAGAGGAGCUCAGCCAGCUCCAAAAUGGAAUAUGCUUGUGGCUCUCCUCAGUCAGCAUCUGAUCACCCUGAAGAGGCUGCACAGGACCUUUGGAGCGCGGAGAGAGUUGACCAAGAAGAUAAGGCUUAUGAAUCAAGAGGUUCUGAAAUGAGUUUUGAUUGCAGUUCCUCUUUUAAUUUACUUACUGACCAAUCUAAAGUGACUGCUAAAGACAUAAACCCUUCAAAGGAAGCACAUGCUGGUUUGCAGCAUAAGAGUAACACAUCUUGUGUUUCUGAAAUAAGUUCUGAUCAUGAUGGCCCUCUUCAGUUGGCCACCAACCGAACUCAUGUAAUUGUUAAAGGUAGUAGUGUUCAGAAGGCAGUGCCUAUUCGCCUGGUUGAUGAAAGCUAUGAUUCUAGUGAUUCUGAGAUGAAUUUUGAUUGUGAUACCUCACCUCAGUCAACUGAUGACUACCCACAACAGCCUGCAAAAGUAGACCUUCCUAAGGAGGCACAUGUUGACUUGGUGGAUAAGAACUAUGGUUCUAGUAGCUCUGAAGUAAGUGCUGAUUCUGUUUUACCACUUCAGUCAGUGACUGACCAACUCCCAGUGGCUGUCACUGAAACAGAGCUUCAGAAGGUUCCCAUUGGCUUGGUUGAUGUGAACUAUGGAUCAAGCUGUUCUGAAACAAGUUUUGAUUGUGACGUUUCUCUUCAGUCAGUAAUUGUCCAUCCCCAGAUGGCUAAUAAAGAAAGAAAUCUAAAGGAUAGGCAUGUCUACCUGAAAGAUAACCACAAAUCUAGUAGUGUUAAAGCACAUCUUGAUUGUGGUAUCUCUUUUGAGACAGUGACUGACGAACCUCAGAGGGCUGUUGAAGAAAAAUAUCUUCCAAAAGAGAAGAAUGACCUUGUGGAUAACAACUGUGAAUAUUAUGGUCCUGAAAUGAGUUUUCACACUGAUGGUCAGUUAGUGGAUGACCAACCCCAAGUAGCAGUUCAGGAAGUAAAUCCUCAAGAAGUAGUUAUUGACCCACAGAGUAAGAGUGCUAAAUCUAGCGUUUCUGAUCUAAGUUUUAAUUCUCAUGCUUCUCUUUAUCAGUCAGCUAAUGAACAACCUCAUGGAGCUCUGGGUGAAAUAAAUCCAAAAGAGUUAAAUGUCGACAUGGAAGUUAAGAGCUAUGGGUGCUCCAGUUCUGAACUGACUUUUGAGUCUGACCCCCCUCCUCUGUCAGUUACCGAGCAAUCUGAGCUGGAUGUUGAAGAAAUAAGAAAAAGGCACAUUAACUUGGAAGGUGAGAGCUCUGGGUCAAAUAGUUCUGAAAUAACUUUUGAUUCUGAUAUUCCUCCAUGUUCAAUAGCUGACCAUUCUCAAGUAGCUGAGGAGGAACGUAUUGAUCAGGAAUAUAAAAAUAAUGAAUCUUGUGUUUCUGAAACAACUUUUGAUUCUGAUAUACCUCUUCCUUCAGGGACUGAUCAACCUGAAGUAGCUGUUAAAGAAAUGAUCAUUCAGAAAGAAGACUGUGCACACUUAGGAAGGAAGAAUGAUGAAACCAAUGGUUCUGAAAUAAGUUUGGAUUCUUAUGUCGCUCCUCUUUCAGUGACAAAUUCUCCUGGAGUACUUGUUAAAAGGCUUAAUCUUCAAAAAGAAGAAAAGGAACACUUUGAAAGUAAGGAAAAUGAACCUAGUGGUUCUGAAUUAAGUCUGAAUUAUGAUAGUUUUCAUUCAAUAAUUGGACAUUCUGAAGAUCCCAUUAGAGAAGUAAGCCUUCAGAAAGAAGAGCAUGCACAGUUAGAAAACAAGAAUAAUGGACCUGAUGUUCCUGAAAUCACUUUGAAAUCUUAUAUUUCUCAUUUAGUGACUGAUCAUCCUGACAGAGCUGUGAAAGAAGUAAACCAUCAGAAAGAAGAACAUGUAAAGUUACAAGAUAAAGGCAAUGAAUUAAGUGUUUCUGAAACAAGUUUGGAUUUCGGUAUCCCUCUUCAGUCAGUGAUUCAGAGAACUGAUGUAGUUCUUAAAGAAAUAUGGCUUCAGAAAGAAAAGCAUGCUCAAUUCGAAGGUAAAAGCACUGAAUUUAGUGGUUCUGAAAUAAAUUUAGAUUGUGAUGUUUCUCGUUAUUCAGUGACUGAACCUCAAAUAGUUGUUAAAGAAGUAAAUGUUCAGAAUGAAGAAUAUGUUUUAGAAAACAAGAGUGAUAAAUAUAGUGGUUCUGAAGUAAUUUUGGGUUCUGAUACCUUUCCUCAGUCGAUGUCUGAAAAACCUCAAAUAGCUGUUUUGAAGGAGGACCAUGUUGACCCAGAAGAAGAAAGUACUGAAUCUAGAGGUUUUGAAAUAAAUUUGGAUAUUGGUCCCCCUCGUCAUUCAGUCAUUGAGCAAUCUCAGCUAGUCCCAUUGAAGGAAAAACGUGUUGAUCUGGAAGACACAAGCAGUGAAUCUAGUAAUUGUAAAGUUAAUUUUGAUUCUGACAAUCCUCUUCAGCCAUUGACUGAACAGUUUCAGGAAGUGAUUAAAAAAACAAACCUGUGGAAGGUAGAGGAUAUUGGCCUAGAAAAUAAAGUUGAUAAACCUAGUGGUUCUAAAUUAAUACAGGAUUCUGAUGUUUCUCCUCAAUCUGUGCCUGAUCAACCUGAAGCAUCUGUUAAACAAAUAAACCUUGAGAAUGAAGGUCAUGUGUACAUGGAAGACAAUAACAGCCAAUAUAGCAGUUCUGAAAUGAGUUUGGAUUCUGAUUUCUUGGCUCAGUCAACAGUUGAUCAACCUCAAAUAACUAUUAUGGAGAAGGAGCGUAUUGAGCUAGAAGAUAAGCACAAUAAAUCUUGUGGUUCUGAAAUCAGUUUUGACUCUGAUGACCCUCUUCAGUCAGUGGCUGACCAACUUAGAGAAACUGUUAAAAAAAUAAGCCUUUGGAAGGAUGAAGUUGACGUGGAAGAGAAGAGGGAUAAAUCUAAGAGUUAUGAAGUUAUGUAUGAUUCUAAUGUCCUUUUUCAGUCAGUGGCCGGCCAAAAUGAGGAAAUUGUUAAGGAGAUCAACCUUUGGAAGAAACCUGUGGACUUGGAAGGUAAGAUUGUCGAACCUAGUGCUCCUAAAAUAAGUUUUGACUCUGAUGAACCUUUUCAUUCUGCGGCUAAUGAAAUUCAAGAAGCUACCACAGAAAUAAAUCUUCUGAGGGAGGGACAUGUUUGUCUGCAUGAUAAGGUCUAUGAACCCAAUGAUUCUGAAGUAAUUUAUGUUACAAAUGUCCCUCUUCAGUCAGCAAUCGAAGAACCACACAUUUUGCAAGAGGAACAUGCCGAUUUGGAAGAUAAGAGCAAUGAUCUUUGUGGUCCUGAGAUAACUUUUGCCUCUGAUGAUCCCCGUCAGUCUGUGACUGACCACCUGGAAAAAGCUGUUAAAGUGAAUCUUUGGAAGGAAGACUGUAUUUACCUAGGAGACAAGAGCUAUAAACUAGGUGAUUUUGAAGUACGUUGUGAUUCUGAUGCUCCUGUUCAGUUAGUGGUUGAUCAAUCUCCUGUGGCUGUUAAACAAAUAAACUUGCAAAAGAAGGAUCAUAAUGACCUAGAAAAUAAAAACUGUGAACCCAGUGUUUCUGAAAUAAAAUGUGAUUCUGGUAUUCAUUUUCAGUUGGAUGUUGACCAACCUCAAGUGGUUUGCAAAGAAAUGAACCUUCAGAGGGUAGCACAUCUUGGCAUGGAAGAAAAGACUAGUGAUUCUGAAGUAAUGUCUGAUUCUGAUGUCCCUCUUCAAAUAGUAGUAAAUGAAUUUCAAGUGUCAGUCAAAGAAGCAAAUCUGCAAAAGAUGCUGCUUGUUGACCUGGUGACUGGUGAUAGUGAUUGUGAAAUGGUUUCUGAUUCUGAUAUUCCGUGUCAGCCAGUGAUUGACUCACCCCAAGUGACUGUUGAAGGAAUUGACUGUAUAAAUGCAAAAAGUUUUGAGUUAGAGGGUGAGUGCUGUGACUGUUGUGAUACUGAACUAGGAUAUGUUUGUGAAGGCUCUCCUCAAUCAGUGUCAGAUCAAUCCAGAAAGACUUUCAAAGUAGUAAACCAGAAAAAAGACUAUAUUAUUCUGGAAGAGUCAGGCUGUGAGUCUUAUGGUGCUGGCAUAAAUUUUCAAAUCGAUCCCUCUCAUCAGUCCAUGACUUACCAGUCACCAGGGUCUGAUAAGAAAAUGGCAAAAUAUAUUGAGCCAGAAGAGAAGAGGUGUAAAUCUAAGAGUCCUAAAAGAAAUAAACGGGAAGGAAGUUCUCAGCCAGUGACUCGUCAACUGCAGAAAGCUGACAGUGAAGACAACUUUUGGAAAGAUCCAGAAAGUACUAGUCUAAAAGAAAAGAGCCGUGAAUGUAGUGUUUCUGCCGUAGAAUGUAAUGCUUCUGUGUCAGGGAGCCUUCAAAUGGCUGAAGAAGAUAACCUUUUGAAGUUAAAACCUAGAGAUCUAGGAAAUGUAGACCCUGAACCUUGUGGUUCUGGAGUGAAUUUUCAACGAGAUCCCUCUCUUCAGUCUGGUACUGACCAUCCUCAAGAAGCUGUUAAUAAACCAGACCUGUUUAAGAAGACAUCUUUUGACAAGAAAGAAAUGAAACGUGAUUCCCAUUCAAGCUCUGCUCCAAAGGUUGAGUCUGUAAGGAAGCAGAAAAAAGCAAAGGGGGUUGUAGAGGAGAACACCGAUGAACCAGUUCUUGAAGCCUUGCCUCAUGUCCCUCCUUCAUUUGUGGGGAAAACGUGGUCUCAGAUAAUGAGAGAAGAUGACAUGAAAAUUAAUGCUCUCGUGAAGGAAUUUAAGGAAGGUCGUUUCCACUGUUACUUUGAUGAUGACUCUGAGACCAGGAAAGUAAAAAAAAAAAAUUUGAAUGAAGAAAAAAUGAUUACCUCGGCUGACCUUAAUGACACUGCAUUUAUUCAAGUUCUAUUAGACUGUGAUUACAAUAUUGAUGACUUUUCAGUAGCCUUAGAUAAACCUAGCCAUCAUCCUACAGAAAAGAGGCCUUAUGAACAAACAUGGCGAGUGGCUUCUAGAUGCCAGGCUGUAAAAGUCAGCCAUGGAACUCAAACCAAUCUCAUGAGUUACCUAGUGACAAAAGGAAUAAGUGGACAAGAAGAAGACUCGCCAACACUGAAGCGUUUACUUUUACACAAUGACAGAAAACCAAAAAAGAAAAUCGAAAUCGGAACAGUCGAGUUUCUUGAAUCAUACACUAACAUUUUGAAGCCUUUGCACCCCAAUGCCUUAGUCUAUGUUCUUUCUUCAAAUAUUAAGCUGAAGGAAGGUGAAUCCUUCAACUUCUCUAAAAUAAGGCGCCGUAGUGACAAAAACAAUCAGGAUAUUAGCAUACAGUAUAAGUAUAAACCCAGUUCCUUUAAUUAUUAUGACCCAUUGAAUAAACAAAUUGUAAUUAAUCCUCCUCUGAACAUAGAAGUACCAGAGUCAGACAGGAAUAACUGGGUUCAAAUUCAUUUUAGUGACCUGAACCCCAGUGUAGGAGAUGACGAUGCUCAUGUACAAAGCUCUACUUUAGCACCUUUUAUGACAUUGUCAGUAAGACAUGAAUUAAUGUCACACCAGGGGGCCAGUGGGUCUUCUGUAUUUCUGGCAAAAUCAGAUAUCUUGAAUUCUAGUGAAGUUCCGAAGAAAAGUAAUUUCCAGUUAACUCUCUUAAAUGGUGAUGCUGCCAAAGUCUCGCCAAAAUCAGUGAGAAAUGAGUCUUUAGAAGGUAAAAAGAAAGGUCAGAGAAGGAAGGUGACAAGUAGUAAGACAGGUUUACUCAAAAAAAUUUACAGACCAGUACUUCUCCAGCAAAAAAACAGAGUCACAUCAGAGAAACAGUCAAUUUGGAUUCAGACCAAACUAAGUGAUAUAAUUAGAAAGUAUAUUUCAAAAUACUCUGUUUUUUUGCGUCGCAAAUAUCAGUCCAGGAGGGCUUUUAUCAGAAUGCAUCUUAAGAAGAAAAAACCUGUUGUCAGUAGGUUAAAGAAGGCAAAGAGACCAGCCAAACUGCUUUCAAACUCAGCACCGUCAGCUGGUGCUGAAGAGCAGUUCAGAGCUAUAAAGAGCCCUUCCCCCAAGCAACCUGUGCGGGGUUAUUCCCGCAGUGCAGGCACUAAGAGGAGGGGCCAUAAAAAACGCCCCAGAAAAAAACAAAGAAAGCGUCCUAAACCUGUUAAAAUAUAUGAUUUGAGAAGUUUAUAUUCUCAGGUACCGUAUUCUGAUAGAAUGAUGACCCGACUAUUACACAAAUUGUUGCUCAGUAAAGCAAAGCAGAAGUAUUUGUAUUAAAGCUAGUUGAGGAUUCAGAACUUCAGCUGAAAUAUAUUUGGUACUUAGUACACAUAGCUCUCCCAACUUUGAAAAAAAAAUCAAUCUUAAACUAUUUUGCUACAGACAUCAUUUUUCAUUAUACUAUAAUGAAAACUUUUUUAUUAUUUUAAGGUUAGUGUUUAAGGUCUUUUUUAAAAAAAAUUCUUAAGACCCUUUGUUUGCUAUAGAAGAGCUUCAUCUUAAUUUGUCACAUGAUUUAGCACAGUAUAAUUUUCUUCCCCAAAAUCAAGUUCCUCUUACUUAUCUUUUAUGAUUGUACCUCAUGUCAGUAGGUUAUAAUAUUGCAAGAAUUAAAAUGGCAAACACUUAGUGCUAUCUUAUUUUUACUUUUUAAAAAUUGUAACAAUGACUAUAUACUUACAUUCAGUGUGUUUCAGGGUGGCAUUGUCAAUACCACAGCCUGACUGGAUAAUUAAAAAGAAGAAACUAUAACAAAUUGUCUCAGCUUUUCGGUGGAGUUGACAAAUGAGAUAGAAUUUCUUUUAAAAGCAUUCCAGAGAAUGAGAUUCCAUAAUCUUUAAUCCAGAUUUUAAAAACUGCCUGGUAAUUUUAUAUACAUAGCACAAACUCCUCCUGCUUUAUUUAAAAUGGAUCUGCAAGUCUCUAACUUUCCACAUUCGGAUACAUGCACAUAUAUGAUCUCUGUAAUAUACAACCUCUGCUUUCCUUUAGCAUUACUGUAUGGGGAAAAUGAUCUUGCCAGUGUCAAUAUGCUUUCCCACCACCUGUACCUGAAGGGCUUGGUGGUUUCAUAUGAAAGUACAGAUGAUUUUAUGGCCUUACCUUUUAAAAUAUUUUAGACAUUGCCAUGUUAUUUUAUAAUAGCUCAAACUAAAAUUAUUGGUUUGGCAAUUUGGGAAGACCAUUAAUUGUUAUUAAAAAUUACUUAUAAUCUUGAUAUCUAAGAAGAUCUAAUAAAAUUGACAACCCAAGUGGAGGCCCAAUCGGCAAGUGAGAAACUCUAUUUGUACAUUAGUUUGGCUUUCCUUAAAGUUGCUAACUAUUUUAAUAAUUCAAAUAAAAGAUGUUAAGAUACACAGUUUAGGUCUAAGAUCCUCAGAGUAUAUUUAGAUCCUUUAUUCAGGGACACUGGUUGGGCUAGUACAGAUGUGUCCAAUUAUCCUUAAAACAAGGAUUCUGGAUCCUUUUUUAUCAUUAAUGUUAAAGGAAAACAAGAAUUUCAUCUAUAUUGUAUAAACCAUAUUUGAUUGAAGCUAUAUCAGUGUACCAUGAUUUCAGAGAUAUAAAUGUGUUAUCUUAGAAUUAAAUAUAGUGUUGUAACAGUUGAUUUCUAAAUGUAGUUUUAUUUCAGGGGCCAUUACUUAACCUGCGAGUGUGAUAUGAUGAUAUGUUUUAAUUUCUUCUAAAUUUAAAACAGUAAUUAUAUUGUAAAAUGGACAAAUGUUUGUAUUUCUAGUUAUAAAGCAACUUUAACCUUGCCUCAUAUACAAAUAUUUUAAUUUCCACUUUUAAAAUAUCACUGUGUGUCACUAGUUUAAAAUAAUUCUCCAAUUUUAAUUUAGGAAGGAUACUGUCCUACUGAUUAGGAAGUAAAUGAAGAGUUAACAUACAAAAAUACUGUACUUGUGGGUAUUGGUGUCUUUUUUCCUAUGAAGUAGACAUAUAAUUAUGGCAAGUAUGAUUAAUGGUCAUUCUGCACACUUCCAGUGUAAGUUUUAGAGCGAGACAUCACGUGGAAGUGGUAUACUGUGCAGUUAUGGUGUGUCGUAUCUAUUGUGAUGACACCGUGCAAAGAGGACAGUUCUUACAAUUCAAAUGAUCAAACACCUAAGAAAAUUUACUAGCUUCUUCACAUUGGAAACUCUUUUAAGUUCCAUUUCUUUAGAGGAGAAGGUUUAUAUUAAAAAGUUUAUAUUACUAAAAUAUUAAAGUAUACGGUCCUAAUGCUUUAAAAAACAUUUUGGAAAUGUUUACCUAAGUUCCUGUAAUCAUUAUUAUUUUAGAAAACCUUGAAAACAUGAGUUUGUAAGAAUUAUAAGUUUGGUUAAAUUGUAAAUGAAUUACUUUCAGAAUUUGGUAGGUUACAUGAUGCGCCCCUUUGUCAAAUUACUCUUUGGCUUAAUUUGCAGAUUAGAUAAAACAGUUGGAUGUUUUUUGUGUGUGCGUAUUCAAGAGUGCAUUAAGUUCUUUUAAUAGUGAAAAUUGAAUUACAGCCACAAUGAAUAUUUUAUUAAUCUUGUACUUGUUCAGUAUCUUGCAUAGAUUUUUAUUAUAAGUGUUCCAAGUUAAACAGUAUGUGUGUGGACAAUAUUGUGUAAAGUGUGUUUGCGUUAGUGCAUCUAAAUUAUUUGUGUAAGUAGGGCUUUGAGUGACACUUUUUGGUAAAGAGAAACUAUAUUUAAAUAUUCAAACAAUUAUAUAUUUCCAUGUAAAAUUAACGUGAAGACUAAUGUAUUUUUUAUAAUACAAUUUAAAGAGUAAAUUUGUUUUCGAAGUUAUCAAGAUGAAAUUUAUCAAAUAUUGAAAUUUGUCUCUACUUUCUCAUGUUAGGACUUUUUCUGAGACUUCUUAAGGAAUUAGGGAAUGAUCAAAACAGAAGUUCAUUUUGUAAAUGGUCUUAGAGGUAAUAGAGACUGUAAACGUUGAUGCUGGUGAGACAAUACUGUUUAACCAAAGAUAUACAGGUCAUGUUCAAUGGAGUAGUUGUUUCAAAAGAUUAAAAUUCAGCAAGUAUUUUAUUAGUCUGGUGGAGUGAUGGGUCAGCAACUCUUCACUUUGUGUACCUGCAUUUAAAGAGUCGGUGAACAGGACUGAGUUCAGGAGGCAGUAUCUCUACCUGCGGGGAAGAGAACUUCCAUUCCUCCGACACCAGAGCGUACGUCGUCAAGGGCAAGAAAACACCGAAGAGUAUAUGUGUGUCCAUGAGGUAGGUGCCUUUGGCCUCUGUGUAGUGACUUCUGGGGUUUUUUGGUCCAGGAUUAUAUUAAGAUGAACAACAGCCUACUCUAUAAUAAAAAAUUAAUAGAAUAAAAGGAUAACAUGGAAGUCCAUUCUCCGUAAAGGACUUUUAUAUAUAGAAAAAAUAUGGAAAAUACUGAAAAAAUCAUGUAAUUAAGGAAUUACACAUCAAAAUGUCAACUUUUGAAGAUGAGAGGCUGAGGAAGAAUCUUAACAUUUCCUUAUACUUAGGCCCUAAAUAUUAGGGAAAUAAUACAUCUAGUAUAUGUAUUAUUUGUUUUUAUCAUUUAUGAGUAUAUUUUAAAAAUCCUCCCAGUGUAUUUUGAGCUAUUUACCUUGAUUAAGGGAUAGGUCUAGGUUGAACUGUAGUUUGUUGCUGAAUCUUUAAGUAUAGAUUUACUUUUUCCUUAUGUUUAUAACUUAUUACAUGUGUGUUGCAUUUUUACAUGCAUUUUAUUUUCUACAUUUUUAAGAUGGGCAUGUGUGUGUACUUCUUAAGCACUACUUGCCAGGCAUUGUUUUAAGCUUUUAACCUGAAUUACAGUAUUUCCUUUGAUCUUCAGAAAGCCUUUAUGAGUUAGGUACUGUACUUAUCACUAAAUAGCAAAUAAGACAGUCGAGGCAUGGAGCCUCAAAUUUGAGAUUACAAAUGAGUUGUUGUGUGCUAUAAUCAAAUUGGGGUCACAGUGAAUCCUCAUUCCCAACCACAUCUGCAGUCGCGCCCACCAGUUACUUUCUGUCUGUCUUCACAGUUUGGCUUUUUCUGGACACUUCAUGUAAAUGGCACCAUGCAAUACGUGGUCUUCUGUGUCUGGCAUCUUUCACUUGCCACAGUGUUUUCGAGGGUCUUUCGUGUUGUAGCAUGCGUCAGAAUUUUUUCUUAUUUGUUGAAUAGUAUUUAUAAUUAUUAAUAAAGCUGGUGACGGAAUGUGGUUUUUAUGAUAACAGAUAAUGAUAGAAGCUAAUGAUAGGCUUGAGGCUGUUUGUUUAUACCUCUCAUACCUGUUUUCCUUGAUUACUACCCCAAUUCCAAGACCAACCGCUCUUUGCCUUUUGAGUGCUUUAAUACUUGAACGCUUUACGCUUUCUUCCUUUGACCCUUUUCCCCUUUACUGCUCAUCUUGAUGUUCUUUUUCACUGUGCUUUGUGAAUUCUCAUAUUCAGUAUCAGCACAUUACUGUGUGUUCUUAAGUCCUUCACAACGGAUUGCUUGCAGGUGACCAAACGGAGAGUCAUGUCCAAGUUGCCCGUUAUCCUAUGUGUGGUCUGUGUGUGCUAUAGAGCCAGGAAGUAUUGAUGGUAGUUGUCAUGGUGGACAUGUUUUCUUCAAAUUACUCUCCUGCAUUACCACCAUCACAUCAGAAUCAUCGAUAUGAUAUAAUUAAUGUUGAUGUGAUAUAACUCUCUAUUCCAUAUGCCGUGCUCAGAUUUUGUAGGUUAUCCCACCAUGUCCUCUCUAGGCCCAGGAUUCGGUCCAGUCGCACACACUGUUACGACUUUAGUAUCUUUCAGUGUGGAGCAGUUCCUCAGCCUUUCUUUGUAUUUAAUACCUUGACAAUUUGAAGUGUACAAACCAGUUUCUUUGUGAAAUGUUCCUCAAUAUGAGUUUGUCUGAUGUUUCUUUAUAAUCAAUGCUUUUUGUGGGGGGGGGCAGUAAUUUUGUGAACUUCUCAGUGUAUCAUAACAGCAGCCAUGUGAUGUCUGUUUGAAUAAAAGUGGUGAUUAAA